UAAAUAUAUGCUAGAGUUAGUGAGUUUUGCAUAGUUAUUUUAAAUAUAUAUGUGCUAAUAACAUUAAUUGUUAGCAUAUUUGAUUAAAAUUAUAUUUAGAUAAACGAUACAAACUCUUUGAAUAAUAAAAUAAAAUUAAGAAUGCUUUAUUUAAAAAAAAAAUAUCCUCAUUUUUUUAAAUUUUUGAAAUUUAGGUAAAUAAAAAUAAUUAAAAUUCAUUAUUUAUGGAAGAAAGUCAUAUUGGCCUACCGAAAUUAAAUGUUUACUUAUAGUUCCAAUUUUGUAAGUAAAAUAAAUUUGAAUACUAAAUCUAUAAACAAAGCUCAUAGCAUCUAAAAAUCUAACAGCAAAAUACUUAAAGCAUUUAUUAAAGAGUCUUUAAAACAAUCUGAACAAUCUAAUUAACACAAACUAAUUAAAUCAUUAUAAAUAAAUGAUAAUCAGAUUAUUCCUAAAGACGAUUUGAAGAGCAUUAACUAUUCUUAAGUAUCAUUAUAGUCUGAAAACUAACAUAUUGAUGAUAAUUAAUAAAUAAAAAAUGAACAGCUUCCUACCUUCAGAACAUAAAGUGAGUGGUUAUCCAUAGAAAGUUAAGUAAUGAAUGCAGAUGCAAAUAGUGAUGAUAGCUGUAUUAAAAUCAAAAGCUAAGUAGAAUGAAAUUUCUAUUAAAAAUUAAAAAAAUCUAAAUAUUUUAAUUAUUUUAUUAAUAUGAAAUAAUAUUUAUUUUCUCUAUGUAACUAACUAAUGCAAUUCA